AUGGUCUCGAUCCUCAUCUCCCUGUCGUGGGCGGGGACGCAAUACGCGUGGUCCUCUUACCACGUCAUCGUCCCCCUGGUGCUGGGGUUCGCGGGCUCCGCGGCCUUUGUGCUCUACGAGGCCUCAAGCUUCUGUGUCAACCCGACCAUGCCCCUGCACAUUUCUGCACACGCUCUCCAGCGUGUCGGUGAUCUUCUCCCGACCAUUUUGUUCAUGAUCCCCGGCGCUAUCACUGGCGGAACCUUGCUCUCCAAAUUCGGCCGCUACCGUCCCCUCCAGCAUGCGGGCCUCGCGCUGAUGAUUAUUGGGUUUGGUCUCCUGACCCUCCUUGACGCCAAUUCCAACACGGGAGAGUGGGUGGGCUACCAACUUCUUGGUGCAUUCGGUACAGGUCUUGCGCUGCCGGUUCUUCUUCCCGCAGUUCAGGCCCCACUUACUGAGGAGGAUACAGCACAGUGCACCGCAGUGUGGUCCUUUAUGCGUACUGUUGGCUUUAUCUGGGGUGCAACCAUUGCCACAGCUGCUUUUAAUAAUCAGUUCAACAUUCUGGUGCCUCGCAUCACUGACACCGCCAUUGGUAGCCAGCUCACUAAUGGGCGGGCAUAUGAGUAUGCCACUAAGAUCUUUAUUGACUCUAUCACGGAUCCCAUCACAGUCGCAGAGGUCCGGUCUGUUUAUGUGGAUUCACUUAAUGUGGUUUGGUAUGUAAGCCUGGCUUUUGCAGGCCUAGGAUUCCUGCUGGUGUUCUUGGAGAAGGAAGUUCCCCUAAGAAAGGAGCUUGAUACCAAAUUCUCCAUGGAGAAGAAAGAAAAGAAGACCAAGACAGAUGCAUAA